AUGCGGCUAAAAAAGAUUAUGACAGCCCUCGCAAACGAUGCGUCGGGCGGGGCGCCGGUAGUCAAGAUAUCGGGCGAGGGGCGCGGUAUGGUGCUGGAGGGCGCGCUGCCGCUGCAGCUGUACGCGGCGGCGGCGCAGCUGGCCCCGAGGCCCGCGUGGCCCCCCUUCUUGCCGUUCUUCGGGGUGCCGCCGCCGUUCCUGGCGCGGCCGCGGCUGCCGCAGCCGCUGGUGCGCGCCCCCCACGGGCCCCCCAGCGAGGACUCCAACGAGGACGGCGCCAGCACCAAAGGUCAGCCCCGAAACCGCCGUGGUUGGUCG